AUGGGAAACAGCACCAGUGUCACUGAGUUUGUCCUGCUUGGGCUCACAGAUGCCUGUGAGAUGCAGAUGCUGAUCUUUCUGGGGCUCCUCCUGACCUACCUCCUCACACUCAUGGGAAACCUCCUCAUCGUGGUCAUCACCCUCCUGGACAGGCGCCUCCACACUCCCAUGUACUACUUCCUCCGCAAUUUCGCUGUCCUAGAGAUCUGGUUCACCUCGGUCAUCUUCCCCAAGAUGCUCACCAACAUCCUGACUGGAAGUAAGACAAUCUCCCUUCCAGGCUGCUUCCUACAGAGUUUCCUCUAUUUCUUCCUGGGUACAACAGAGUUUCAUCUCCUGGCAGUGAUGUCCUUUGACAGGUAUAUGGCCAUCUGUCAUCCCUUGCACUAUGUCACCAUAAUGAGCAAAAGAGUCUGUGUCCGGCUAGUUCUUUGUUCAUGGAUGGCGGGAUUAUUGCUCAUCAUUGUUCCAGGUUUUCUCAUAUUUCAGCAGCCAUUCUGUGGCCCCAAUGUCAUUAAUCACUUCUUCUGUGACAACUUUCCUCUCAUGGAACUCAUAUGCACAGACACAAGUCUGAUAGAGCUUCUGGGUUUUAUUGUAGCCAACUUCAGCUUACUGGGAACUCUGUCCAUGACAGCCACUUGCUAUGGCCACAUCCUCUACACCAUCCUGCACAUACCCUCAGCCAAGGAGAGACAGAAAGCCUUCUCAACCUGCUCCUCCCACAUCAUUGUUGUAUCUCUCUUCUAUGGCAGCUGCAUCUUCAUGUACAUCAGGUCAAGCAAGGGUGGCCAGGAGGAAGACAGGAACAAGGUGGUGGCUCUGCUCAACACUGUUGUGACCCCAGUGCUCAACCCCUUCAUCUACACUCUGAGGAACAAACAAGUGAAGCAGGUGUUUAAGGAGCAGGUGAGCAAGCUCCUCUUUCUUAUAAAGCUGUGGAAGUAA